GCGUGACGCGCUAAGUGGGAAUGCACCCGAAACGCCGUUGACACUUCGUAAGUGAGAAAGAGAAAACGCACUUGCUUUUUAUUCUUUCUAUACGUUUUUCUAUGCAUUAUAUGUAUAGAAAAAUAACAAAUUAGAAAGCCAGGAAGAGGAAUAAGAGAUACUGGUUUCCAAAAUAAACCUACGCCUGUAAGAGAACGAAGAAGAUAUUUGUUCCCUUCGUUUCCUAUUGCGUUUGCUCAUCUCAAUAGUUAUGCAGAUUCACGAUUAGACCUCAGGUCGAUUCCGAUCUCUAUAUUAUGUCAAUAUCGUUGGACUAACUUCAAAGCUCAUGAUGGCACACGCUGAGGAGGAGGAAGAUCAAGUUGUGUUGAGUUAUCAUGACAGUCUGCUGAGAUUAUCAGACGUGAACUUGCUGAAGGGAACUCAUUGGCUGAAUGAUGCUGUCAUUGGGUUUUACUAUGAGUACCUGACUCAACAGUAUCAGAAGGAUGGUAACAUUCAGCUAUUAUUUAUGAAUCCUCCAUUGACUCAGUUGCUGAGAAUGGAGAACCCCACGAAUUACGGCACGUUUCUUGACACCGUGGACGCAAAGAACUACAGCUUUGUAUUCUUCCCUCUGAAUAAUUGCGACAGCUUGGUAUCACCAGGUGGCACACACUGGAGCCUACUGGUGUAUUCUCGCACUGAUCAGAUGUGUUACCAUUAUGAUUCAUCUAGCACUUUCAUCAACAGUUUCAUCGCGUUUGAUUUCACAAUGAACCUGAUCAAAUAUUUCCUUGGUAAGCCAAGAAGGAGAUACAAUGAAAUGAUAUCACCUUAUCAAACGAAUGGCCACGACUGUGGCCUGCAUAUCUUAUGUCUGACAGAUGUGAUCUCCAGACAUAUUCUGAGGACGUCUAAGAUAAGUGACUGCGACUUUAGGGCGAUUCCAGAAAUGGUACAAUACAAGCGUACUCAGUUGUUGAAUUUGAUUGAGACUAUAAAGAGUACCCAUUCUACUGAUAACGAGUAAAAGGUGUCAUCGCUUUUGCUGUGCAUUAAGGCUUCUGGUUCUUCAUCGCGGAACUUUCGAUUAAUUAAGCGAGAAAACGCAUAUCCAAACUUCUUGCGAAAUACGCUAAAAUAAAAGGAUACAUUGAUCCUUAUAAUCGAUUGAGCAUAUUUGUAAAAUAUUCAAAACAUUUUCUUUUUGUUCUAGCAAUCAAUAAAUAAUCGUAAAAUUAA